GAUACGCUGGUAAUUCAAGCAUCAACGCCUAAAACUCCUCCCUCUCUCCCUCUUCCUCUUGACUUCCUUUCCUUAAUCCUUACCCUUCUUUCCGCAUUUAUUGCGGCAGGAUCUUCGAUGCAUCUUCCUGAACCCUCCCCUCCCGGCGUCUUUAUAUUUGAAGUUCCAGGCUUCAAGCUUGAAGGUGAUUGUGUUGAUAGAGACAGAGGGAGAGAGUGAGAGAAGUGAAUGAGAGCUAUGGAGAAAUCCAUGAUACUGGCAUUGCUCUUGAUACUUGUUCUAAGUUCUUCAAAGACCUCCAAUGCUGGAACUACAAGUAGCUUUGUUAGAAAGCUUGGUGCAUCCCAAGAUAUGCCUCUUGACAGUGAUGUCUUUAGAGUGCCACCUGGUUACAAUGCUCCCCAACAGGUGCAUAUCACACAAGGUGACCGUGACGGAAGGGCUGUGAUGGUUUCAUGGGUCACAGCGUCUGAACCAGGAUCCAGUACUGUCUUGUAUGGUACUGCUGAGCAUAAGAGAAAGUUCAAGGCAGAGGGUAGAGUCACUUACUACAAGUUCUACAACUAUACUUCAGGGUUCAUUCACCAUUGUACUCUUAGGCAUUUGCAGUAUGAUACGGAAUAUUAUUAUGAGAUCGGACUAGGACAUUCAAGGCGGCAGUUCUCGUUCAAGACUCCACCAAAAGUUGGUCCAGAUGUUCCCUACGCUUUUGGUCUCAUCGGGGACCUUGGACAGACCUUUGAUUCCAACACCACACUUACUCACUAUGAACUCAAUAAGAAGGGACAGACGGUGUUAUUUGUUGGAGACCUUUCCUAUGCAGACAAUUACCCUUUUCAUGAUAAUGUCCGAUGGGACACAUGGGGGAGGUUCGUAGAGAGAAAUGCUGCUUAUCAACCUUGGAUAUGGACUGCUGGAAAUCAUGAGCUAGACUUUGUUCCUGAAUUGGGUGAAACAAAUCCUUUUAAGCCUUAUAAACAUCGCUAUCAUGUACCCUACAGAUCAUCCAACAGCACUUCUCCUCUGUGGUAUUCCAUUAAACGGGCAUCAGCAUACAUCAUUGUUCUGAGUUCAUACUCAGCUUAUGGAAAAUACACACCACAAUACAAGUGGCUUGAGCAAGAACUUCAGAAGGUUGACAGGAAUGAGACACCUUGGCUGAUUGUCCUUGUGCAUUCUCCAUGGUAUAAUAGUUACAACUACCACUUCAUGGAAGGAGAGACCAUGAGAGUCAUGUUUGAAUCAUGGUUUGUGCAACACAAAGUAGAUCUUGUGUUUUCUGGUCAUGUUCAUGCUUAUGAAAGAUCUGAACGUGUCUCCAACAUUGCAUACGAUGUUGUAAAUGGGAAGUGUACUCCAGUAUAUGAUCCAUCUGCUCCGGUGUAUAUUACGAUUGGGGAUGGAGGAAAUAUUGAAGGACUGGCCAACAACAUGACGUAUCCACAGCCAAAGUAUUCUGCCUUCCGUGAGGCGAGCUUUGGACAUGCUACUCUCGAGACAAAGAACCGAACUCAUGCUUACUAUAGCUGGCACAGGAACCAGGAUGAUGUCGCAGUAGUUGCUGACUCGAUGUGGUUCUACAACAGAGUUUGGUAUCCCAAGCCAGAACCUGGAACAACAAUGGUGCAGUAACAGUCUCCAUUUCUUCUUUAGGUGGACGGAAAGGAGACGAUGAUUAGUUUCACUUUUCCAACUUGAUCUCUCCUGCAUCUGGCUGCCACCGCUUCCUAGUUGCAACUGGUUUAAAAGUACUGGAGUUGCAUGCAAGGCCAAGCCUCUGUACUUUAAGCAAUCCUUAUUCUUUCAAACAAUAAAAAUAUAAUCUUUUUUUCAGA